AUGGCAGCGGUUGAGGUUUUGUCGUACGGAAGCGAUUGUGGAUUGAAUACGACCUUUCCUUGGACGAUUGGAUGGGAUGAGGGGGAUAUUCGCAUAAGGCUGAGAUUCAUUGCAAAGGCUUGGGAGGCGUCGCAAACACAGAAAGAUAUAUGGCAUUCGGGAUUGGACGAGAACCUCCAUCCGACACAAGCCAGUUCUCGCAGGGGAAUAAACGAAAGAUUGAGAACCGCAAGCUUACUACCAAGGUGGCAAUGUUGUAGGUCUGCACAGGGCGACAAAGAGAAUAUAGUAGACCUACACGACACUACUUCACUCGCCAAAUCGCAGUUGCAAUACUAUAUCACACAUCCCGCUACCCCUAUAACCUCGCGAGAAAAAAUACGUGAACCAUUACCAUUUGAGGAUCCUAGAUUAAACCCCUCUGUCGAUUUCAACUUCCAAGAUGGAUUUAAGGUGGCUGGGAAGAAGGGUAAGAAGGCAAAUGCUAAGAAUAAUGCGCCAGUAUACAAACCCAAGGAUGACGAUGGAGAUGAUGGCAUGAAGAAAAAUGAUGAUGAUGGUAAUAAUGGCGAUGCUGGAGCUAAUGGGAGUGGUUCUGGCAAUGGGGGGCAUGACAAAAAGGAGGAAGAGAGAAGAGAAGAGGAAAGGAGAGAGGAGGAGAGGAGAGAGGAGGAAAGGAAAGAGGAGGAAAGGAAAGAGGAAGAGAGAAAAGAAGAGGAGAGGUUAGAGGCGGAGAGGAUGGAAGAGGAGAAAAAAGAAGAAGAGAGGAGAGAGCAGGAGAGAGAGGAAACGAAAAAGGUUGCUGAGCGGGCCACUGAAAACAUACCGGACAGCUACACUAUAACGGCUAAGAAGGAGAAGAAGAAGAAAAGGGGAAAAAAUGCCGAGCCGGAACCAGAGCCUCUUCCACCUCCGCCCCCUCCCGCUCCCGAGAUAAAGAUUGCCGAAACUUUUGACGACAUUAAAUUGGAUGAUAAGCCAAAGCCCGACCUAAAUCUAGACUCUGGUGGAAGUACUGCAAGCCCAAAAUUACCUGGUGUUCUAGGUGGUUGGGGUAGUAGUUGGAUUACUGGAGUGUCUAAAUGGGGCAUUGGAAGCGCAACCAGCGCAAGGACACCAUCUCCAGUGAACAAGGCCACCGAGGAUGCCAACAAUCCUUGGAGUAAUGAACGCGGUAAGCCCGAAAAUCAAGGCCUGGGAUUUACAUUCGGUGCCCUUGACCAGGAGGAAACUAAACGCAGCUUAACAGAUUCCCGGAAAAUCGAAAAAAAGCCCGAGCCAAAGCCUGAACAGAAACCCGAACCUAUACCAGAAGAAGACCUUGGGUUUAAUAUUGGCGUUUCUAAGAGAGAAGAGAGGAAGAAGAAAAGUAGAGGCACCGUAGCUUCAGCGAUAGAUAAGUUUGAAGUGGCCCCAAAAGAAGAACCCAAAGUGGAACCUCCGAAACCCAUCAAUAUUCCUGCUUCGGACGAUGCUGCUUGGGGUGCUUGGGGUGCUACAAGCAAAAAGAUGAAAGGUAAAUCAGCCAAUGAAACCCCUAAAAUCAACGAACCCCCCAAAAUGGAAGCCGUAGUCGAGCCUGUUGUGGAGCCUCUCGUAGGACCUCCUGUAGAAGAGAAAUCAGCUACUCCUCCUCCUGAGCCUGCCCUUGUGGAAGAAGCCUCGAAAUUUGGAACAACAUCCAAGAAGAUCAAAAAAAAAAAGGGAAUACUUGCUGAAACAUCAAAACCAGAAGAGUCACCUCCACCGGAUCCUAUACCCGAGCCCGAAAAAGACCUAGAGCCCGAUCCUGUUCGCGAAUGGGCGAAAGAGGAAGAGUCAAUUUCUGCUUGGGGCAAUACUAAAUCGGGUAAGAAAAAAAAGGGGAAGAAUGCAAUUAUUGACGAACUGCCAAGAGUAGAAAAAUCACCGCCAGUCAUUGAACCACCGGAGCCCGAACCUGUAAUUGAGGACAACAAAGAAGAAGAAAAAGAAGAAGAGGGUGGCUGGGGAGGAUGGGGACUUAGUAAAAAGGAACAGAAAAAGAAGAAGAGAAUUGCAGAAGAGCCGCUUCCUCCCCCAGAGCCCGAAAGAGAACCUACACCAGAGCCCGAACCCGAACCCGAACCCGUACCGGAACCGGAACCGGCAAUCGAACCACCGCAACCCGAAUCAGGCAGGGGAGCCAAGUCAACCAAGAAAGAAAAGAAGAGGAAAGGUAAGCACGCUGUUAUGGAAUCGGAAGUUGUGAAGGCACCAACACCGCCGCCGCCUGAACCCGAACCAGAAUCAGAACAAGAUGAACCUGCAGAAGAAACUCAAGCAUGGGACUCGUGGGGACUUAGCAGUUCUACAAAGGACAAGAAAAUGAAAUCCAAGGAGGAAAAUUUGCCAACAGCUCCAGCGAUUGGUGGCUUUGAUUGGGGAUUUGAUAACAAAGAGAAAGAUGAGGAGCCACUGGAAGAAGAAUUCCAAGAUCCAGAACCCGAACCGGCCCCGAAAUCUGUUGAAUCUGUAGGUAUUUGGAGUGCUCUUACCUCGAGCAAAAAGAAAGAUAAAACCUCGAGCAAAGAGAAGGACAGGAUCUCUAGCAAGGACAAAGAUAAGAAGAAGAUCAAGAAGGGCACUGAGGAACCCAGAACCAUUAAUGACUAUGAGGAACCUAUACCUGCACCGGCUCCUGACCCACCUCCAGCUGUUACGGACAAUUUUAGCUGGGGGUAUAAUUCUACUUCCAAGAGGGACAAAAAGAAGGGGAGUAGAAACAAGGAACCUUCGCCCGAGCUUGAGAGUAAGCCGAUUUAUGAAGCCAUAGAACCUGCAAAUAAUGAUGACGACUGGAUGAAUUGGGGGCAAAACACCAAGAGCAAAGAAGAAUCUCUACUCCCUGUUGAUGAGUUUGAAGAGCCCAUGUCGCCUCCACCGGUACCAGACGCCCCACCAGCUGUUGAUGAUUUCAUGGGAUGGGGCUCUUCUUCGAAGGACAAGAGGAAGAAAAAUAACCUUAUUGAAGAACCUCCCAAAGCUGAAUCAUUCAAGGAUUCUAAAUUCGAUGACUUUUUCAGUCCGGUUUCAUCUAAACCAGCAGUCAAACUCACCAAAAAAGAACAGAGGGAUGCGGAUAAAGCUAGAAGGAAAGCUGAAAAAGAAGAAGCUGAACGGAAAUUAAUAGAAGAGGAAGAGGAGGCAGCUAGAUUGGAAGCUGAGGAGAAAGAAAGACUUGAGCAAGAGAGACUUGAGCAAGAGAGACUUGAGCAAGAAAGACUCGAAGCGGAAGAGCGAGAAAGGGUUGAAGCAGAAGAGAAAGCGAAGGCCGAAGAAUCCGAAUCCGAAUCCGAACCAGAGCCUCCCAAAAACGAUUGGAGUUCAAUCUGGGGUCUUGCCUCAGGUAGUAAACCAGAUAAAAAGAGUGAGAAAAAGAGCAAGAAAAAGAGUGCCCUUGAGAUUGAAGCUCCACCUCCAGCCCCAACACCCCCAGCAGAACCUGAAACAGAUAACUUGUGGGGCUUUGGAUCUUCAUCAAAGAAAUCAAAAUCCAAGGAGAAAGAAUCCCCGCCUGUCAAACUCAACAAGAAGGAACAAAAAGAAGCUGACAAGGCGACAGAGAAAGCUAGAAGGAAGGCUGAAAAGGAGGAGGCUGAAAGGAAAUUGAAAGAAGAGCAAGAAGAGGCAGAUAGAUUGAAAGCUGAAGAGCAAGAAAGACUCGAAGCCGAGGAGCAAGAACGAAUCGAAGCUGAAGAGCAAGAACGAGUCGAAGCUGAAGAGCAAGCGAGAGUCGAGGCCGAGGCUUUGGAAGCCGAAGAGCAAGCUAGGAUUGAAGCCAUAAGAUUAGCAGAAGAGGCUGAAGCAGCCAAACCGAAAGUCAAAUUGACAAAGAGACAACAGAGAGAAGCCGAUCGAUUAGCAAAGCUGGAAGCUGAAAAAGAACAAGCCGCAAAAGAGGCCGAAGAAGAAGCUGCUCAGGAAGCCGAGGAGAAAAGAGCAAGAGAGGAGGAAGAAAGAGCAAGAGAGGAGGAAGAACGAAUUAUCAGACAGGAAGAAGAAGCCGCUAGAGAAGAAAUGGAGCGUGUCAAUCAAGAAGCGGAGAGGAAAGCUCUCAGAGAGGAGGCCGAAGCUUCUAGGCGGCUUAGAAAAGAAUCAAAAUCAGGUAAGGGUAAGAAGUCUAAACACAGCAAAGAGCCGGAACCUCUCCCUCCAACACCACCACCGCCGCCAUCGCCGCCCAUACCAACCAAAGCUCCGACACCAGAGCCAGAUGAAGACCUAGAACCAACUCAAGAAGAAAUAGAUGAAAUUCUAGCUUUAGGUAAUCGCACAACAACCACAAAGCCAGCAUCUCAAGCUUUUAGCUUUUGGGGAGCUCCUAAAAAAUCACCAGUGAUAGAGAAGCCGUCACCAAAAAAGGAUAGUAGUGAAUUUGGUAAGACUAAUCUUGCCGAGGCAUCCACCAAGGAUCUUAUGGCUUGGGGCACGGGAUCAGACGAGAUUGCGAUUGCUGACAAAGCGACGUGCCCAGAAACCUCAUCCAAGAACAAGGACACGACAACCAAAUGGCCACCACCAUCAAUAAAAUCAAGCUUAUUAAAGAAACCAGUUGGAGGUACUAUCGCUGAUAGGUUAAGAGCAUUUGAAGCGAACAAACCCCCUGAAGAGCUUCAUGAAUCUGAAGAAGAAAUAGAUGAAUAUUUCCCAGCACCUUCUCCACCCCCACCUGCUGCGCCGCCCGCGCCGACCAAGGAAGAAAAGAGAAAAUCAAGAUCUUCGAGAAGGGACAAGGAAAGGUUAGAAGAUCCGGAAAUUCUUCCUGGUGCAUUCCCGGAUUUUGCAAACGGUGACGAAAUUAUUGAUAUUGUCGAGAUGCCAAUCCAAAAGAAAAAUAGGAACAAAUCUAGUAAGAGCAAGGAAUCUUCUAGAGCACCUCCUGUACCCAUUGAACCACCGACACCACCUCCUGAAGUAGAACUGGAACCGGAACAAGACUCGGAUCAUAAAUCUAAGAAAGAACGACCUCGAGUUGUUCGCGAUGGAUCUUCUUGGGGAGCGUGGGGAGCAGAGCCUCGCAAGGAAGAAAGGGAGAAAAAGUCAUCCAGAGACCGUGAACGUAGAUCCGAUGAGCCUCAAAUCGCUAGAGAGGAAAGAAGAUCUACCAGGGAAUCUGACCCUCGGCACUCUAAAUCUAGAAGAUCAUCUACUAGAGAAGACAAGACUUCUUCACCAAAAGACUCAUCUUCGGACAAAGCAGAUAAAUCCUCCAAGGGAGAUAACAGACCACCAGUUUCUAGGGGAAUUUCAAAUAUGUUUGGACCUGCUACUCCACUAUCGAGGUCUAAUUCAAAGCCUGAAAGGCGGCCAAGUGUGAGUAGGACAAGCUCACGCCGACAAUCUGUCAACAUGGAUAGCUCCAGCUAUGCAACUCCAAUUCCCGAUGAUUCUCGUGAGCCUCCUCCGAUGUCCGCAAAGGCUGCAAAAAUGUUUGGUAUCGGUGUCCCUGGCAAGCUUUCAAGAAGCAAGUCGGAAAAGACCAGGCCAUCACGUGAUGAUGACGUGGUAGAUGAUGACGUGGCAGAUCCUAUUCGUCACAGGUCUAGUCGCGAUAGAAAAGGGAAAUCAAAGGUGACUGAUGACUCAAUGUUUGAUGGGCAAGCGCUUCCACCUGUGCCUAUGCCUCCGCCACCCACGGAUAUACCAAUUCGAAGGAAGACCAUGCCUACCACAGACUGGAGUGCCAGUGCUAGAGCAUAUCAACAAAGAAGACAACUAAACGAUCUUGAUAUGGAAGAACAAGGAGGUCCUUCUGAAAUCCCAGGUACACCUGGACUCAAACGAACUGAUUCGAGUGCUCGCAAAUCUGGACUGGGUGGUAUGUUUGGUGGCGUUUUUGGGAAAAAAGAUAAAGAAAAGGAUCGUCCAGACCUUAAACGUCGUAGUACGGCCCAAGCUGAAGAUGAGAACCGUGCAUACAGACGGGACGAACGAAAGAAUAGACGAUCUUCAAGAGAUGUAGGUCCCGAGAUUGAUGUCACUAUGACAGGUGCCAUUUCCGAGGAAGACCAGGAGGCAAAAAUAGCAGCUCGCCUCGCGAGGAAAGCUGAACGCGCUGAACGCGAUGCACGAGCAGCAAAGGGGGAGUCAAGAAGAGAGCGCCAAAGAAGGGAGGAGGAAGACGAAAGACAGGCUGCUAAACGAGAAAAACGACGUGCUCUUGAAGCUGCUGAAGCUGCUGAACGUCGGGUCGAAGAGGAGCGAGAGGCAAAAGAGGCAAAAGAGGCCGAACGUGCUGAACGCCGAAGAGCCAGAAAAGAAGAGAAAGAGGCUUUCCAAGCAGAUGGUGAGCCACGAGGUGAAGAUCCAUUGCGCUCCACACGUCGACGCAGUCACAAGGAUCCCGACGAUAAUGAGGCACGUCGAAGAAGACAUAGAGAACGGGUAAAAUCAUCAGAUCCUCGAAAAUCGAGUCGCAAGUCUGCACCUGCUCCAGAGCCGGAAUUUCUUCCUGCAGAUGGCCCAGUCUACAGUCGUUCGAAGCCCAAGACUCCAGCUUGGCCUCAUAGUGGUACAGAUUCUUGGGUGAGAGAGAAUGCAGAUGCACCCCCUCCACCCAACUUCCCCACCGGUGAAGCAUCCCCUGUUGAUGAUACAGUUGGUGGAGAGGCUGAGAGAAAACGAAUGAGAAAGACAAGGCCAAUGGGAAAUGAUGAUGAUAGACGACGAAGAAAAGAUGAGAAAAGACGCGAAAAGGAGAAGGAGACAGAGAAGCCUACAAGAAGCUCAGAAGGCAGUCAAGAAGAUCCUUUACGAGAAAGUCAGAGAGACUCCGGUUUCGAGACGUCCCGCGCGCCGAGUGCUUCUGGCGGCCUCUUCGGUCGUUGGAAGAAAUUUGGUGGGUUUUAA